UCUUCUUUUCUCCCUCCUUUUUCUAACUCUUUUCUAACUUCUGACUUUGUCUCUCUCCUUCCUCCGUGAAAAGUUAAAGACCAACAGCGCCGAUAGCAUCCCCCUUUACCAUCAUCACUAGGGCCUUUGCCCACUGUAAGUGUGGACCUCUGUGUAAACGUGAGAGCAUCAUGGUGGCAUUCAAAGGAGUUUGGACUCAGCCUUUCUGGAAAGCUGUGGCAGCUGAGUUUUUGGCAAUGCUUAUUUUUGUACUCCUCAGUUUGGGUUCCACCAUCAACUGGGGUGGAACAGAGAAGCCUUUACCAGUAGACAUGGUCCUUAUCUCCCUCUGUUUUGGACUCAGCAUUGCAACCAUGGUCCAGUGCUUUGGACACAUUAGUGGAGGCCAUAUCAAUCCUGCUGUGACUGUGGCUAUGGUCUGCACAAGGAAGAUCAGCCUUGCUAAAUCUGUCUUCUACAUUGCUGCUCAAUGCCUAGGUGCUAUCAUCGGGGCAGGGAUCCUCUACCUUGUCACACCUCCCAGUGUGGUGGGAGGCUUAGGAGUUACCACGGUCCAUGGAAAUCUCACAGCUGGUCAUGGGCUCCUAGUGGAGUUGAUAAUCACAUUUCAGUUGGUGUUUACUAUCUUUGCCAGCUGUGAUUCAAAGCGAACUGAUGUCACUGGUUCAAUACCUUUAGCAAUUGGAUUUUCCGUUGCAAUUGGACAUUUAUUUGCUAUCAAUUACACUGGUGCCAGCAUGAACCCUGCCCGAUCUUUUGGACCUGCUGUUAUCAUGGGAAACUGGGAAAAUCACUGGAUCUACUGGGUAGGACCAAUCAUUGGAGCCGUCCUUGCUGGUGGUCUUUAUGAAUAUGUCUUCUGUCCUGAUAUAGAACUUAAACGCCGUUUGAAGGAGGCCUUCAGUAAGACUUCUCAGCAAACUAAAGGGACCUACAUGGAGGUGGAUGACAACAGAAGUCAGGUAGAAACCGACGAUUUGAUCCUGAAACCUGGAUUAGUGCAUACAAUUGAUGUUGAGAGGGGGGAUGAAAAGAAGGGGAAAGAAUCAUCCAAUGAAGUGUUGUCUUCAGUAUGACUAUCACGUGGCACUGAAAGCAGAGAAGACCCCGCAGAUUUCCUUCCACCCAUUAAAGAAACAGAUUUAUUAUAAAUCAGGCACAUGCAGGUCUUCUAGUUUUUGAAGGAGGAAGCAAUUUAUCAGCUCCUUUAUGUCAGAGUCCUUAGUCUCUAAAUGUUAAAUCCCUCCUUCUCUCUGCCAAGAUGGGAAGUAGACCUGCAGUGGAUUCCAAAUUCUAAAAGGUAUACUCCCAAACUGAAUAUACAUAAAUGUUUAUUUCUGUCCUCAUUUAUUAGCAGUCAAUAGUGAACUAAAAGUACCUAUGUUUAAAGUGCAGAUUGACAGUUGAGACUUGCCUGAGAAGUGCCUAUGGACAUGUAUUUAUCAAAUUGUUCUUCUGACACGUGAUGGGCUGUUGUCACCCCCAAUUAGGCUGUUUUACUACAUGAAACGGUCUUUGCAGAUUUAUCAGUGGUAAUGUACAAUAAGGCACAGAUUCAAAUUCAAGGGAGGAAUUACUUAUGUUCUCCCACCUGCACCCCAUCCAUGUCACCAGGCAAUCACUUUAAAAAAAAACUGUAAGCCUGCAAAAUAAUAGUUUAAUAGGGGCUUUAAAAAGUAGAUGAGUCAUUGCAAAUAGUUCUUAUUAAACUGAUAUUACACAUAUCUAUCUUUUACAAAGCAAAUGUCACCCCCCUCUGAUAUAAUAGUCCAUCUAAAAAGUCCAAGGUUGAGACAUUCUCAAAUACUAUAUAUGUAUGUUGUUUUCUAUGUCCAUCUGAUCAAACAUCUAAGUCUUGAGGUUCAUCUAUUGAAAUUUAGUCCCACCAGGAGUCCCAGGCUCAUAUGGGAAUCAGUAUGUUCCCAUGUUACAACCUAAUAAUAUAAGAUCAAGGAAAUGUGGAUUCUGGUAUCAAAGGAAACAAAGGUUAAUCUGUUUUCAGUGCAUUUAACUUAAAUAAACCAUGGUGUGUUCAUUUAUGUCAUCUCAAUUUUAACCAUACUUAUCUUUUUAAUUUAUUGGAAAAAUCUGGGGUUUUUGUUUGUCACUAACUUUGGUUAGCUAUAUUUAACCAUUCGAUAAGAGAUAUUUUUGAUAACAGAAACAUUCUAUUAAUUCUGACUAUUAUUGCUAGAUAAACUCUGCUUACCUAAGCCAUGUCCGUGGCAAAAACACUAAUUGAUCCGGACUUCUCUUGUUAAAGAGUUCUACUCAGUCUCAAUGAUAAGAAAGUCCCUCUCAUUUCUCAUUCUCAAUUGGUGAAUAAUAGCUAUUACAAAUGUGAUGUCUUGUACUGGGUAAGGGAAAUUGAGAAAGAAGAGGCUUCAGGAAGUAAAAUGGGACCAGAUGAAAAGGAAAACAUCCGAAUGUUCUGCAUACAAUGAUGAUUAGAAGACCUAACUUUCAUUUUUAGAAGUGUCGUGGAUAACCCAACAGAAGUAAAUGUAAUGGAUUUUUAUUACGGACUCAUUUCUUUGUUUUAAGGAUGCACAGAAAUAGUUUCUAUUUGUUUUGCUUUUGCCUUAUGUCAAUACUGAGUUCUCUGGAAACCCCAGUUCAUACAGUUUUAACUGUAUAGGCUUUAGUCUAAAACAAAGAGCUGCUAAUGUCAAUUUCAGUGAACAAAACCCAGUAGAAGUGAAGCAAAAACUCAUCACUGCAAGGGGUAGCUUGUAAAUAGCUGAUAACCAAGAGCUCCCCUCUCCCAAGCACAGCUCCAACUGAGAAGUACUUUUUAGCGUUAAUGGCAGCUGUGUGUCUGUGGCAGUGAGAUAAUGGACCAUUAUUAAACCUGAUUCUCUUCGGUGCUAGGGAAGCCGCGAGGCUGCCUGAGAAAGGUAAAGCCAAUGCAGCCGUCUGGGUAGUGCCAGUGGCAUUUGGUGAUGGUGCCUGCCUAGGUUCUAGGCACCAUCCAAGGGUAGAGCGCUACUUGGCCAAUAAUUCACUUCUCCAGCUCCAAGUUUCUUGCUUGGCACUGGUUUCUAUAGAGCCGAGUGUGAAAGUCACCUGAGGGCUGUGUUUGGCUGCUAGGCCAAAUGUAUGAAUACUACACCGUCAAAGGGGCUUAACAUCAGUGGUUGUGUUUUCCUAGUGUAGGCCGAGCUAUCAAUUAUCAGUAGAUAAGUCAGUUUAGAGAUAAACUAAGUUAACCAGCCAGAGUUAACAGAUUCCCUGUCCCCUUUCACCAUAAAAAAAAAACUUUAUAUCAUAAUGACUUUCCUGAUGGCAAUCAUGUUUAGCAAUAUUCUUCCACAUUAUGUUUGUAUACACUCUUCUGUGUGCAUGAGAUACAACUAUGCUACUUCAUUCAUCAAAUCAGAGAAGAAAAAAAAUGGUGCGUGAUUUUGGUUUUCAAAACAUUUCAUUUGAGGUUUGGAAACAAAAAUAACUUUGUUUUAAUAGAUGUGUUUUGCUCAAUAUUUCAUAAAAGCAUGCUUUUAAGGGACUUACUAAGGAAAAAUAUUACAAAUGUAAGAACUAUAAAAUGUCUUUCUUAAAUUCUAGUAUUUUAGAGACAUGAAGCAAAUGAAUACAUAAGUUGUGAGUUCGGAUAUAAUUUUUCUUUUUGCAUAUGAGGUAACAUAUUUUGUAUUUCACUCAAGGCUCUGCCAGUAAAAAGUAAUGAAAUUGUACCUUUCUAAUGACAUCUCUGCAGCAGGGGUCUAUUGCCUUGUGGAUGACACCAAAUUAUCCAUGUGUAUUAGGAGACUGAGGCUUUUUCCUUUAAUCUCUUUUUAUUAAUGAAGUGCAUAGUGCCUGUCCCAGGAGAGCACUACUGACUGAUGUACAGAAGAGAGAUCAGAGAGGAAAAAA